UCGCCAGCCGGUGUGUGUUCGCAUGAAAAACGAAAUAUUUCGGAAAUAGCUCAGCCAUCUGGCCAAAAAUGUUCAGUGGAAUUUCCAGAGCAGCAGGCAUGUGGCAUCGCGUGAUUUGGCUCAGCUGCAUUUGCAGUGCAUUUUUCGUGUGCCACAGCCGAGGGCAACAAAUAAACAUCGGUGCCUUUUUCUACGACGAUGAGCUGGAACUGGAAAAGGAGUUCAUGGAAGUGGUCAACGCUAUUAAUGGACCAGAAUCAGAGCAAACCCUUCGUUUUAAUCCCCUUAUAAAGCGUUUAAAACCCGAAGAUGGUAGUGUUAUGUUGCAGGAGCAGGCCUGCGAUCUCAUAGAUAAUGGUGUCGCGGCUAUUUUCGGACCAAGUUCAAAGGCGGCAAGCGACAUUGUAGCCUUGGUGUGCAAUAAUACCGGUAUACCGCAUAUAGAAUUCGAUGUCUCUGACGAGGAACAUCAGGAGGAGAAGCCCAACCAUCAAUUAACCCUAAAUCUCUACCCAUCCCAGGUUAUAUUAUCCAAAGCCUAUGCGGAUAUUGUGCAGAAUUUUGGGUGGCGCAAGUUUACUAUUGUCUAUGAUGCGGAUGAUGCCAAGGCUGCGGCUCGUUUGCAGGACCUUUUGCAGUUAAGAGAGGUCCACAACGAUGUAGUGCGGGUAAGAAAGUUCCAAAAGGACGAUGACUACAGGGUCAUGUGGAAAAGCAUCAAAGGUGAACGACGAGUGGUUUUGGACUGUGCUCCUGGCAUGUUGGUGGAGCUAUUGAACUCCUCCUCGGAAUUUGGACUGACUGGACAGUUUAAUCACAUAUUUUUGACGAACUUGGAAACCUACACCGAUCAUUUGGAGGAACUCUCAGCGGAUAAUGAAACUUUUGCUGUGAAUAUUACCGCUGCUCGUCUGUUGCUCAACCCUGAACCACCAGCAUACUCCCAGCCCUAUGGAUACGUCAUUCAAAAGGAAAAUAUCGUCUACGAAAGCAAUGAAUCGCCACGCACUCUCCUCCACGACCUGAUACAUGAUGCACUGCAGCUUUUUGCGCAAUCCUGGCGGAAUGCCAGCUUCUUUUACCCGGACAGGAUGGCAGUGCCGAGGAUAACCUGCGAUUUUGCUGCAUCCGGAGGUCGCACCUGGGCCAUGGGUCGCUAUCUAACACGCCUCAUGAAAGCGACUUCCGGCGUGAACAGCACGAACUUCCGGACAAGUAGCCUGCAGUUCGACAAGGAUGGACAGCGUAUAACGUUCAACAUCGAGGUGUACGACCCAUUGGACGGCAUUGGCAUAGCCAUCUGGGAUCCAAGGGGUCAGAUAACACAGCUCAAUGUAGACGCCAAGGUGCAGAAAAAGAUAAUCUAUCGCGUGGCCACCAGAAUAGGACCGCCGUAUUUCUUAAAGAACGAGACUGCGGUUGAACUAAAUCUAACAGGCAACGCUUUGUAUAUAGGAUAUGCCGUCGACCUUAUAGACGCUAUUUCCCAGGAAGUUGGUUUCGAGUAUGUCUUUGUUCCAGUUGCCGAUCAGCAGUAUGGAAAGCAGGACAAGGACACGAAGCAGUGGAACGGAAUUAUUGGCGAAAUCGUUAACAAUGAUGCUCACAUGGGAAUUUGUGACUUGACCAUCACCCAAGCUCGCAGAACAGCAGUGGACUUUACCGUGCCCUUCAUGCAAUUGGGAGUUAGUAUCCUAGCCUACAAAAGUCCGCACGUGGAGAAGAAACUCGAUGCAUAUCUGGCACCCUUCGGGGGAGAAGUCUGGAUCUGGAUUUUGAUAUCGGUGUUUGUGGUCACUUUUCUGAAGACAAUAGUAGCGAGGAUCUCCAAAAUGGACUGGGAGAAUCCACAUCCGUGUGAUCGCGAUCCCGAAGUGCUGGAAAAUCAGUGGCACAUCCACAACACUGGCUGGCUGACGGUAGCCUCCAUUAUGACAGCUGGAUGUGAUAUCCUACCAAGGAGUCCACAGGUGCGCAUGUUUGAGGCCACCUGGUGGAUUUUUGCCAUCAUUAUCGCCAACUCUUAUACAGCCAAUUUAGCUGCCUUUUUGACCAGUUCCAAAAUGGAGGGCAGCAUUGCCAACUUAAAGGAUCUGAGUGGCCAGAAAAAGGUUAAGUUCGGCACUAUCUAUGGCGGCAGUACGUAUAAUCUUCUGGCUGAUUCCAACGAGACUGUCUAUCGACUGGCUUUUAAUCUCAUGAACAACGAUGAUCCAUCUGCAUACACAAAGGACAAUGUCGAGGGUGUCGAUCGCGUGAAAAAGAAUGAGGGGGGCUAUAUGUUUCUCAUGGAGACCACCACAUUGGAAUAUCAUCGCGAGCAAAACUGCGACCUUCGAUCCGUCGGCGAAAAGUUUGGGGAAAAGCACUAUGCGAUUGCUGUGCCAUUUGGUGCGGAAUACAGGUCCAAUUUGAGUGUGGCCAUCCUGCGGUUAAGUGAACGAGGUGCCCUUUACGACCUGAAGCAAAAGUGGUGGAAGAACCCCAAUGCCAGUUGUUUUGAGGAGCCCGAUCCGGACGCCACUCCCGACAUGACCUUCGAGGAACUGCGUGGCAUAUUCUACACGCUCUACAUGGGCAUCCUGAUCGCCUUUCUCAUCGGCAUCACAGAGUUUCUGGUCUACGUCCAGCAAGUGGCAUUGGAAGAGAAGCUCACUUUUAAGGCCGCUUUCAACAAAGAGAUACGGUUCGUUCUUUGCGUGUGGAACAACAAAAAGCCCAUUGUGGCUGGCACCCCAGUGUCUAGUCUGAGGACUACGCCACGAAGAUCCUUGGACAAGUCAUUAGAGCGAACUCCGAAAUCAAGCCGUCGAAUUGUCAUCGGUCGGUCUUCAGAAGAAAUGCGAGAAAUGCCGCAAGGAUCUGGUUCCAAGUCCUCAUCAAUCACAAAUAACACGAAGGUGGAACAACAGGAGGCGCGUUGUUAAUAAACUGUUUUAAUUAUGAUUAGAUUUCAUCGUCUUUAUUAAUAUAUGAAUUGUCAA